GUUUGUUUUCGCUUCGGUCCCUCACAAUAUUCUUCCCUGAAGGAGAGAGAGGAGGCCGGAGAGGCUGAAUUAACGAGAAAUUUGUUGAGAAGACAAAACUGGAUUAUCCUUGUGAAACAGAAGAUUCAACGAUGGAGCCUGUCCAUAUUAAAGAGGAGAGUCCUGAACUAGAAUCAGUCCAUAUUAAAGAGGAGAGUCCUGUACUGGAAUCAGUCCAUAUUAAAGAGGAGAGUCCUGAACUAGAAUCAGUCCAUAUUAAAGAGGAGAGUCCUGUACUGGAAUCAGCCCAUAUUAAAGAGGAGAGUCCUGACCUAGAAUCAGCCUGUAUUAAAAGGGUUAUUCUCAAUUCUAACCCCUUAAGCAGCUUUCAGGACUCUCUUACCUGUGGUGACUGUGGGAAGUGUUUCAGUCAGUCAGGCACUUUGAAAAGACAUCAGAGAAUCCACACAGGCGAGAAGCCACAUCACUGUGAUGACUGUGGGAAGAGUUUCAGAGAGCCAAGGGACUUCCAAAUACACCAGCGAAUCCACACUGGAGAGAAACCGUAUACCUGUGCAGAGUGUGGGAAGAGUUUCACGCAGUCGCAAAGCCUGAAACGUCACCAGCAAACCCACACUGGAGAGAAACUACACAUCUGUGGUGACUGUGGGAACAGUUUCAGUCAGUUACAAAACCUGCAACUUCACCAGCGAAUCCACACUGGAGAGAAACCGCAUGUCUGUGCUGACUGUGGGAAGAGCUUCAGAGAUUUACAAAGCCUGAAACUUCACCAGCGAAUCCACACUGGAGAGAAACGAUAUGUCUGUGGUGACUGUGGGAAGAGAUUCAGCUGGUCAAGCACAUUGAAAAGACACGAGCGAAUCCACACAGGAGAGAAGCCGAAUGUCUGUGCCGACUGCGGGAAGAGUUUCACACGUUUACAAAACCUGAAACUUCACCAGCGAAUCCACUCUGGAAGAGAAACCGUAUACCUGUGCUGACUGUGGGAGGAGUCUCAGAGAUUUACAAAGCCUGAAACUUCACCAGCGAAUCCACACUGGAAGAGAAACCGUAUACCUGUGCUGACUGUGGGAGGAGUCUCAGAGAUUUACAAAGCCUGAAACUUCACCAGCGAAUCCACUCUGGAAGAGAAACCGUAUACCUGUGCUGACUGUGGGAGGAGUCUCAGAGAUUUACAAAGCCUGAAACUUCACCAGAGAAUUCACACAGAAGGGAAACCAAAAUGUCGGUGGUGACUGUGGGAGGAGUUUCAGAUGGAUAUACAGCUUGAGAGGCACCAGCGAAUCCACACAGCAGAGAAACCCUCUCACCCAACCUUCUCCCAUAACACUUGAGAUCUGCUUCAAAGGACUGGAUAUUAGUAACAGAGGGUCGUAAAGAUUUAAAUUGGUUUCAGUUCAGAUUACCUGCCAGUCUGGUCUAAACAAACAGAGCUGAUUCUUAUCUGUUAAUUAAGAAAGUCUGUCUGAAAGCCAGGAUACAACUUCCUAUAAAGGGUUAAGAAUUGCGACAUCUGGUGGAUACGAGGCGCCAUGACUUUCAACCCAUGAAAUGAAUUGUUAUCCUGAAACAUAAGUGAAUGAAACUGACAUUUUUAUCCUUUUGUGAUCAAUAUAACUAUAUUGUGUUCUAUACAUGUUUCGAAUCCUGUUCUCUCUCUCUCUCUCUCUCUCUCUCUCUCUCUCUCUCUCUCUCUCUCUCUCUCUCUCUAUGGAGGAGGGUCGCUUCCUGUGUUAAUGACGCACAUUGCGAAUACAAAUACACACAAUACAGCGCUGUGCAAAAGAGCUGGCCAAAACAUUAGGAACACCUGCCAUACACACACAGCAUGCAAAUACACACAAUACAGCACUGUGCAAAAGAGCUGGCCAAAACAUUAGGAACACCUGCCAUACACACACAGCAUGCUAAUACACACAAUACAGCGCUGUGCAAAAGAGCUGCCCAAAAUAUUAGGAACACCUGCCAUACACACACAGCAUGCAAAUACACACUAUACAGCACUGUGCAAAAGAGCUGGCCAAAACAUUAGGAACACCUGCCAUACACACACAGCAUGCAAAUACACACAAUACAGCACUGUGCAAAAGAGCUGGCCAAAACAUUAGGAACACCUGCCAUACACACAUAGCAUGCAAAUACACACAAUACAGCGCUGUGCAAAAGAGCUGGCCAAAACAUUAGGAACACCUGCCAUACACACACAGCAUGCAAAUACACACAAUACAGCACUGUGCAAAAGAGCUGGCCAAAACAUUAGGAACACCUGCCAUACACACACAGCAUGCAAAUACACACAAUACAGCACUGUGCAAAAGAGCUGGCCAAAACAUUAGGAACACCUGCCAUACACACACAGCAUGCAAAUACACACAAUACAGCACUGUGCAAAAGAGCUGGCCAAAACAUUAGGAACACCUGCCAUACACACACAGCAUGCAAAUACACACAAUACAGCGCUGUGCAAAAGAGCUGGCCAAAACAUUAGGAACACCUGCCAUACACACACAGCAUGCAAAUACACACAAUACAGCGCUGUGCAAAAGAGCUGGCCAAAACAUUAGGAACACCUGCCAUACACACACAGCAUGCAAAUACACACAAUACAGCGCUGUGCAAAAGAGCUGGCCAAAACAUUAGGAACACCUGCCAUACACACACAGCAUGCAAAUACACACAAUACAGCACUGUGCAAAAGAGCUGGCCAAAACAUUAGGAACACCUGCCAUACACACACAGCAUGCAAAUACACACAAUACAGCGCUGUGCAAAAGAGCUGGCCAAAACAUUAGGAACACCUGCCAUACACACACAGCAUGCAAAUACACACAAUACAGCACUGUGCAAAAGAGCUGGCCAAAACAUUAGGAACACCUGCCAUACACACACAGCAUGCAAAUACACACAAUACAGCACUGUGCAAAAGAGCUGGCCAAAACAUUAGGAACACCUGCCAUACACACACAGCAUGCAAAUACACACAAUACAGCACUGUGCAAAAGAGCUGGCCAAAACAUUAGGAACACCUGCCAUACACACACAGCAUGCAAAUACACACAAUACAGCACUGUGCAAAAGAGCUGGCCAAAACAUUAGGAACACCUGCCAUACACACACAGCAUGCAAAUACACACAAUACAGCACUGUGCAAAAGAGCUGGCCAAAACAUUAGGAACACCUGCCAUACACACACAGCAUGCAAAUAUACACAAUACAGCACUGUGCAAAAGAGCUGGCCAAAACAUUAGGAACACCUGCCAUACACACACAGCAUGCAAAUACACACAAUACAGCACUGUGCAAAAGAGCUGGCCAAAACAGUAGGAACACCUGCCAUACACACACAGCAUGCAAAUAUACACAAUACAGCACUGUGCAAAAGAGCUGGCCAAAACAUUAGGAACACCUGCCAUACACACAGUCCUGUUCAGUUUGACACUACAAUAUAAUCAUUUCUUCUUGGUGUCUGUGUUAGUUUGCUACAUUCUUCCAGAGUUUAGAAUACAAUAAAGUCAGUAAUUUAAGCAAUGUUCUGCUUGCCUGGAACUAGAAUGGGGAAUGUAAACUAACUGGAAAGUCAUCAAUCUAGUUUCUGAUGAACUAGUUCUGCACAGAAAGCUGAACUCUGGUAGAAUGUAGCAAACAUUCACUCAGGAAUAAUAUUGUAGUUUCUGUAGAAGCUCUUAUCCAAUUGUAGAUUCAGUGAUUUCCCACGAUUGAUUAGACUGAAGCAAAAAUACUGUUAAACUGAAGUCUAGUGGAACAAUGUAUUAAACAUGCAGCCAUGCAAUCGUAUUGACUGUGAAACUGCACACAGAUUUCUUACACCGGCGCUGUGUCGUUUUCCUGCAGCCAGUAAUUGCGUGGAGGCCUGGCGCCAUCUACUGGGAGACGUGAGAAUAGCAGGGAGAGGUUUGUCAUUCAUUUCAAUGGGAGAGAGAUUAUUCAGUCUCUGGUAUCUGGAAAGUUAAUCCUCGCAUUUAAAUGAGUGUAUUAGCUCAUGUGUUUGUAUUAUACAUGACAGUGAUACAAGGUAUUAUUAGCCGUUUGUAACUUUAUAAAUGAACCUGCUAUUCUAUAAAUGAACCAACAUUUCCUUGUCAUUUUAUUAACUGGCUGAUCAGAUGGUAACCUUUAAUCAUUUUUAUUAUAUAAUUAAUAAAACUCU